UCGCGAGGCGAAGGCGAGAGAUAUCUCAUUAACGUAGAUAGUUUAGCAUAUUUAAUCUCUAUAUUUACCCCACCCACCCCCUCCCUCUCUCCCUCGCGCUCUCCUCUCUCUCUCUCUCUCACUCUCUCUCUCUCACUCUCUCUCUCUCUCUCUUUCCUUCUCUGUCUCCCACUCACUCUCCUUCCUGCUCGCAGGCUGUUCAGAGUCCGUGUGGAGUAUGUGGAAACCAAUAGGAUGAGGGUUCCGUAAUAGAUGCAAAUGAUCCAGAAAAGACACUGCGAAAUAUGAACAAACUCAUUUGCUCCGAAGUAAAUCACGGAAAACUGUUUAUGAACUGGCACCUCGCCUUGGAAAUGUAAAGCGAGAACUUUUUUUAAGUGCCGAUAUAUAUACAUAUAUAUUUUAAGGGGGGGUUAAAGAAGAAGGUGGAAAAAAAGAAGAAAAAGGAGAAGAGAGAGAAAGAGAGACACACAUACAGAGAGGAAUAAUAAUAACAACAGUCACAAACAACAACAGCAGCAAUUUUAAAAAGCGGAAUCCGAUACCAUGUUCAUUGGAAAAGAGUUUUGACUCCAUCCUCAGGAUUUUUUUAAAAAAAAUCUAUGCAUAUCUGUAUAUAUUCCUGGAAAUCACAGAGAUCCGUGGGUUGGCGUCUCUUCGUUAUCUUCUAAUAUCCUGUGGCUUUUCAUCUCCCCUAACCCUGGUACCUAGAUCUAAACCUAUUUAAAAUAAGCUAUUUAUAUGACAAUGAGUUCCUAUUUUGUCAACUCCCUCUUCUCCAAAUACAAAACUGGGGACUCCCUGCGCCCCAACUUCUACGAUUGUGGGUUCGCCCAGGAACUCGGAGGGAGACCGACCGUGGUGUACGGGCCGAGCACGGGGGGCACUUUCCAGCACCCUACCCAGAUCCAGGAGUUCUACCACGGGGCGUCCUCUCUCUCCAGCUCCCCUUACCAACAGAAUCCCUGCGCCGUAGCAUGCCACGGAGAUCCCAGCAACUUCUACGGCUAUGACCCGUUGCAAAGACAAAGCCUCUUCAGCGCUCAGGAAUCCGACCUGGUGCAGUAUCCGGAUUGCAAGCUAGCCUCCACCGGCCUGGGAGAGGACGCGGACAAUUCGGAGCAGAGCCCGUCUCCCACACAACUCUUUCCCUGGAUGAGACCGCAAGCAGCCGCUGGACGGAGGAGAGGCCGGCAAACCUAUAGUCGCUACCAGACUCUGGAGCUGGAAAAAGAGUUCCUUUUUAAUCCUUACCUGACCCGAAAGCGGAGAAUUGAAGUCUCGCACGCCCUGGGACUGACCGAAAGGCAAGUGAAAAUCUGGUUUCAGAACAGGAGGAUGAAGUGGAAAAAGGAGAACAACAAAGAUAAGUUCCCCAGCAGCAAAUGUGAGCAAGAAGAAUUGGAGAAACAGAAAAUGGAAAGGGCUCAGGAGGUGGAAGAGGGCGGAGAAGCACAGACGGGGGACAAAAAGUAGGCGCUGGAAGACUGGACAGGCAAGCCUCAGAAAGCCGCUCCCCACCCCCGUCCUUCCAUUAAUUCCAGUUAAUGUGAGCGGUGGUUCCGACGGGGGGAGGAUAAAUACUGCUUGGGGAGGGGAAUCUCGCCUUUUAUUGCUGUAAAACAAUAUAGCUGUGAGCGUCUUCUUCUCCUGGUUGUCCUUUGAUACAUACAAUGAACUAUAUAUUUAAAAAAAAACCCGAGACAUCCUGGGGUCUUUUUAGCCUUGUUGUUUGUUAUUUUUCAUCUUCUGGCCAGUUAAGAAUUAGUAAUAGUGUAAUGCAAUAGCUUCUGUUAACCAUGGCUGUGAAAAAUUUCCCUCUCUCCCUUCUCUCUCUUUUUUCUCCACCUCCCCUCCUUCUCUUCCCCUUCUCUUAUUUGAGACCAGUGCUAUGGAAAUGAUGUACAAAAUAUACACAACAUUGCACUUUUGAAGACUUUCUUCCUUACUCUUAUUUUCUUUUUUCUCAUCCCUCCUCUGAAAUACACCUCUCUCUCUCCUCCUCCCUCCCUCCCUCUCUCCCUCCCUCCCUCUCUCUCUGUUUGUGUGUGUCCCUCUCAUUCCUUGUCUCUUUCUGCCUUUUUCUCGUGUUGUGGUUAAACUCCCCUUCUGCAGGUAGCUCUGAAAAUAUACCCAACAACAUGAAACUGCCUAUUUAUGCUGUAGUUGUCUUCAUUUUUGAUUGUCACAGACCCUCUUACCUUUUGGAUUCUCAUUUUGUUUUCUUUAUCUGUCUUUUUAAGUGUUUUUACCUUUUAAAAAGGAAAGAAAAAGGAAAACAAAAGAAAAAUAAAAACUGUGUUUCUCGUUUUCUCUCUUGCCUUUCCCAUUUAGUUGGCAUGCACACAGUGGAAGAAGUUGUAAAAAGUGUUUUUCCCUUCUGUUUUUUUUUAAUCUCUUCCCCCCUAGGUUUACUGUGAAAAAAGAGAAUGUAUACUGUAUAUGUGAAUUACUUUAUUGGGGGUGGGGAAACUAAUGCUAUAUUUUGUUGUUCUCUCUUCACCUUGUUCUAUUGUUGAAGCUGGAAACAGCAGAAGAAAGGAGUUAAAAUAAAGUUUGCAAGCCACAAUUUCCCCAUGACAUUGUUCUUUUUUCAUUCUGCUUAACACUUCUUCCUGGACAUCUAGAAAACAAGGGUUGGGAAAAUAAACACAUCCAAAACAGCUACUGCCAUUCAGGAAAGCCUUCUAAGAGAUACAGAAGAAACUUAUGGCUUUCAGGGAAAAAUACACCUGAAAUUUUGGUGGAAGUUUGGGAAAAGGGAAGGAAAACAGAGAGAGAAGAUGGAUUUCUUUUCCUUUGGCUUCAGGUUAGGAGAUUGGCUAAAUAUUUUUAGUUUCAGAAAAGUUAUACUAAAGAUGUCUGCAUGUGCCUUUAUUUUGUCACUGCUGAAUUCUGGCCUUGCUGCUCCUAACAGGAGACUUAAUCCCCCAGCUACCAGCCCAAAGGACUCUGGAAGCUUGUCAGUUUUGCUACUUCCCACCCUUCCA